AUGUCAACACAAUCACAGUAUAAUAGAGUUACUGUACUCAAAAACUUUUACGAGAAGAUGAACAGAGAUCAUUUAAAAGCGAUAAAGACACCAAGUCCUCGACGAGUUAGAGUCAGAAGUCGUUCUAGUUCAUCUCCCCUAAGAGGUCUUUUUCACCAUAAAUCUCAAAAUUUAAUCCAACAAACUCCACUUUUUUUAAAUGGCGAAUUGAACAACGAAAAAUCCCAAACGAAUUCAACCGAGUCCAAGAAACUCGAGCGUUCGACAUCACUGAGCCCACAGCACAAGACGGAUGACAUUCUUUCUCUUGAUGAAAACAUCUUCAAAUUACACGAGAAAGUCAAAGCACAGACAAAGAUCAAAGCAAAUGAAAUGGUCGAGAAAGAACAAACUUUCAAGGAAAAGCCGAAAGGAAAAAUUGCGACGAAAAAAGUGACUUCCGAGAAAGCAAUUUCUAUUAACAUUUCGACGCACCCCGAAUCUGACCCGCAACCUCACGACGAUGUUCCAAAGGACAUCAAAAAGACUGGCAAAGUCACGAAAAAGAAAAUUGACUCAAAAAGUGUUGAAGAGGAGGCUGUCAAAGUGUCUGGUAAAGUAUCCAAGAAAAAAGUCUCACAUACAUCCACUCAAGAAGAAGCAGAGACGUCAUUUCCUGAGUACAAAAAGGCAACAGGGAAAGUGUGUAAGGUGGUAAUAACUGAAGAAAGUCCACAAGAAGAGCGUCUCAGUGAAGACCCCCCAAAACAGAGUGGGAAAAUAGCGAAGAAGAAAACAAUUAAAAUGAUACGACAAGAGGUCAAGUCGUUAUCCGACGACGAGUCGACGCCGGCACUCAAAAAGAUCUUACGACGAAAAAAGCCAACUAAAGAGGAACUGAAUUUCCACCGCUUUGAAAUGGACUAUUCGAAGUAUAGUCUCCUCGAUACCUCUGAAGAAAUAGUGUGA